UUCCAAGUGAUUGACAGCUGAGAAGCCCCGCCCCCUCAGGCGCCUGACGCUGAACCGCUGCCCCUUCUCAUUUCCAGCCCCGCAGAUCUCCAUUUUCUUCUUUCCAGAUAUUCAGAAGUAGAGGAGAAAAGACUUGAAAAAAUGAAUGAAGAAUACGACGUUAUCGUUCUGGGCACCGGUCUUACGGAAUGCAUUUUAUCAGGCAUCAUGUCGGUGAAGGGGAAGAAGGUUCUGCACAUGGACCGCAACUCCUACUACGGAGCCGAGAGUGCCUCCAUCACGCCUCUUGAAGAUCUCUACAAGCGCUUCAGCAUUCCGGGCAAACCUCUUGAGUCGAUGGGAAAAGGCCGGGAUUGGAACGUGGACCUCAUCCCUAAAUUCCUCAUGGCCAACGGUCAGCUGGUGCGCAUGCUGCUGAUCACAAAGGUGACUCAGUACCUGGAUUUCAAAGUGGUAGAGGGCAGCUUUGUGUACAAGGGGAGCAAAAUCCAUAAAGUCCCCUCUACUGAGGCUGAGGCUCUGUCAUCUGGUCUCAUGGGGUUGUUUGAGAAACGGCGCUUCAAAAACUUCCUUCAGUACAUUUCCAAUUUUGACGAGAGCAACCCCAAAACGAUGGAAGGCAUCGACCCCCAGCAGUCGACUAUGAGGGACAUUUUCAAAAAGUUUAACCUGGGCCAGGACGUCAUCGACUUCACCGGCCACUCCCUCGCCCUCUACCGCACAGACGAAUACCUGGAUCAACCUUGCAUCGAAACUAUAAACAGGAUCAAGCUUUACAGUGAGUCUCUGGCCAGAUACGGCAAGAGCCCAUACCUCUACCCACUGUACGGCCUGGGAGAACUGCCGCAAGGGUUUGCCAGGCUGAGUGCUAUCUACGGGGGGACGUAUAUGUUGAACAAGCCCAUAGACGAGAUCGUGAUAGAGAAUGGGAAGGUGGUGGGAGUCAAGUCUGAGGGAGAGAUCGCCAGGUGCAAGCAGCUGAUCUGCGACCCCAGCUACGCUAUGGACCGCGUCACCAAAGUUGGUCAGGUGAUCCGAGUCAUCUGCAUCUUGAGUCACCCGAUAGGCAACACUGGCGACGUCAACUCGUGCCAGAUCAUCAUCCCCCAGAAUCAGGUCAACAGGAAACAUGACAUCUAUGUUUGUAUGAUCUCCUUUGCUCACAACGUGGCGGCACAAGGUAAAUAUGUUGCCAUCGUCAGCACCACGGUGGAGACAAACGACCCCGAGAAAGAGAUCAAGCCAGCCCUGGACCUACUGACGCCCAUUGAGCAGAAGUUUGUCAGCAUUAGUGACCAGUAUGCACCCACUGACAUGGGCACUGACAGCCAGAUUUUCAUCUCCCGUACAUAUGAUGCCACCACUCACUUCGAGACCACCUGUGACGACAUCAAAGACAUCUACCGGAGGAUGACGGGCUCGGAAUUUGACUUUGCCGAGAUGGAGCGCAAGAAGCAGGACACCUUCGGUGACGCCGCAGACUAGAGGCGAAAGCAUCCGCAACACUCCUGAUAUCAAAGACAACGCUGCCGGCAACUGAAAUCUUACAAAAAAUAGAAAACCUACACAAAAAAUGUACACACCUAUGGGCUGGCUGAUCAUCCAAGUCUAUGGUUUGCCCCUUUUUAGGAAGUCCAUGAUAUAUAUAUAUAGGGAGAUAUGAUAGAGUAUUGUUGGACAGGGUUCAGGGGGAGGGGGGGGGGUUAUGCUUUUUUAAAUCACAUUCAGAUGGAUGUUGCACUAAACACUGGUUAUGCCUAAUAUACAGUAAUACCCUACAUUCUUCUGCUUCAUCAUGUUAAAAUGAUGCAUAGUCCAAAGAUGCCAAAUCAAAUGAAGAUUCAUAAUCAUUAUCUUACAGAGUGGGUACAUGUGAUAGGGGGGGGUGGGGUGGGGUGCAAUUUUUCUGUCAUUGUAUAAAAGGCGUUUGAAGAUAAAUAAUAUCUAUACAUCAGUUAUUGGUCUCUGCAAAGUAUUUUUUUUUCAUGUCAGGGUGAGAGAGAGUGAGAAGUGGCUUGGCUUUGUGCGUCUGAAUUUCAAUCAUGUGAGUGAUGGGGUGUUCCUCUCAGGGUAGGGCGGCCACAUUCAGGCCCAUCCACAGCAGACAGCCGUGCAAGGGGGCACCCCCCAGCCAUCAGUUUAUAUCGUCAGUCAUUAAAGUGGGUAAGGGGUGUGUGGGCUCAUUCUGUGUUGUGUCCUUUUAACCCCUCUUCCUGUCUAUUCUCCAGCACAGAUGCAUGCUAUAAGCCAAGCCACAAGGGCGACUGUAGUCCAGCAUAAACUACGCAAACCUGUUUUCAACGGCUUGAGUUACUAUAACGCAGCAGAGACAUUUUAGUUCCUGUAUCAUGCAAAGUGAUGGAAGACCCAAGCAUUAACAGCAGAUUAAUGGGAAGGGUUGGUUGACUGUAAUUGCUUAAGAAGGACCAAAUGUGUACUGCAGCAGUAUUGAAUUGAUGAGAGCCCUGUGAUAUAUUUUGUCUUGGAACAACUUUAAAAUAAACAUCUUGGGCUCUAAUGAUUUCUGUACUGCAAAGUAAAAAACUUUGUCAAAAACCGAAA